GGACUGCCCUUACUGGGUUGCUGGUCUCCGAUGGAGAAGAGAUGGAGAAUCUGCAGCCCGCACGCGCACAGUACACCUUCUCCACUAGCCCCCACCCGCCGGCGCGCUCACAUCUCCAGAGGCCUCAUGGUGGGGAGGGACAGAGUAGAACGAGACCCAGUCAGGCGAAGAAACCCUUUGACGGCAUGGGAGGCCGGGCCGUGAGCGCAUACCCAGGCCCGGCGUCUGAGUGCGCGCGCGCUGGGUUAGGUUCUAGCCGCCUUCCCCCUCUGUUCCCCCGGCUGCCCUCGGUCACGUGGCCCGCGGGGCCGACAGGUAACUCGCCGGGAGAGGGCGGGGGCCAGUAGCCGCCCCGCCCCACGGGGCGCCGCGGGCGGGUCUCAGCAGCGCCCACUGCGCCAGCCGGGCCGCAGGUGCCGCCCCCGAGACACGGUGUCCCGCCCAAGCUGAUCGUGUCUGCCGUCGGCGGGUGCGUGCGUGCGCCUCGUCGGUCCGCGUGUGUCUGGCCGAGCGCCCCCUUCCUCUGCGGCCAUGACUCCGCCGCCUCCCCAGCCACCGCCCCCGGGCCCGAACCCCACCUCAGACUCUGCCGCCGACCCCCGCCCCGGGCCCGGACCCCUGGUCGUAGUGUUCGGAGCCACGGCCGGUGCGCUGGGGCCGGACCUGGGUUCCGAUGAGACCGACUUGAUCCUCUUAGUCUGGCAAGUGGUGGAGCCGCGGAGCCGUCAGGUGGGGACGUUGCACAAGUCAUUGGUUCGCGCCGAGGCGGCCGCACUGAGCCCGCAGUGCCGCGAGGCGAGCGGCCUGAGCGCAGACAGCUUGGCGCGGGCGGAGCCGCUGGACAAGGUGCUUCAGCAGUUCUCACAGCUGGUGAGCGGGGAUGUGGCUCUGCUAGGUGGGGGCCCCUACAUGCUAUGCACUGAUGGGCAGCAGCUGCUGAGACAGGUCCUGCACCCCGAGGCCUCCAGGAAGAACCUGGUGCUCCCCGACACCUUCUUCUCCUUCUACGACCUCCGCAGAGAGUUCCAUGUGCAGCACCCAAGCGCCUGUCCUGCCAGGGAGCUCACCGUGGCCACCAUGGCACAGGACUUGGGGCUGGAGACAGAUGCCACAGAGGAUGACUUUGGGGUCUGGGAAGUGAAGACAAUGGUAGCUGUCAUCCUCCACCUGCUCGAAGAGCCCAGUGGUCAAUUGUUUUCGAAGGCAGAGGUGGUAAAGCAGAAAUAUGAGACAGGCCCUUGCAGCAAGGCCGAUGUGGUGGACAGUGAGACCGUGGUUCGGGCCCGUGGGUUGCCCUGGCAGUCGUCAGACCAGGAUGUGGCUCGGUUCUUCAAAGGACUCAACAUUGCCAGGGGUGGUGUCGCACUCUGCCUCAACGCCCAGGGCCGCAGAAAUGGCGAGGCCCUCAUCCGCUUUGUGGACAGCGAGCAGCGGGACCUAGCGCUGCAGAGACACAAGCACCACAUGGGCGUCCGCUAUAUUGAGGUAUACAAAGCAACAGGAGAGGAGUUUGUGAAGAUUGCGGGGGGCACAUCACUAGAGGUGGCUCGUUUCCUGUCACGGGAAGACCAGGUGAUACUGCGGCUGCGGGGACUGCCCUUCUCGGCUGGGCCGGAGGACGUGCUGGGCUUUCUGGGGCCCGAGUGCCCGGUGACGGGGGGUGCUGACGGGCUGCUGUUUGUGCGCCACCCUGACGGCCGGCCCACCGGUGAUGCCUUUGCCCUCUUCGCCUGUGAGGAGCUGGCGCAGGCUGCACUGCGCAGGCACAAGGGCAUACUGGGUAAGCGAUACAUCGAACUCUUCCGGAGCACGGCGGCUGAGGUGCAGCAGGUCCUGAACCGCUAUGCAUCCAGCCCACUCCUUCCCACACUCACCGCUCCUCUGCUCCCCAUCCCCUUCCCACUGGCAGCGGGGACUGGGAGAGAUUGUGUACGCCUUCGAGGCCUGCCCUAUACAGCUACCAUCGAAGACAUCCUGAGCUUUCUGGGGGAGGCAGCUGCUGACAUCCGGCCCCACGGGGUGCACAUGGUGCUCAACCAGCAGGGUCGGCCCUCAGGCGACGCUUUCAUCCAGAUGACAUCAGCAGAGCGGGCCCUGGCAGCUGCCCAGCGUUGCCAUAAGAAAGUGAUGAAGGAACGCUAUGUGGAAGUGGUCCCCUGCUCCACGGAGGAGAUGAGCCGUGUGUUAAUGGGGGGCACCUUGAACCGCAGUGGCAUGUCCCCUCCACCCUGCAAGCUGCCCUGCCUCUCACCACCUACCUACGCCACCUUCCAGGCCACCCCAACACUCAUCCCCGCUGAGACGGCAGCCUUGUAUCCCUCUUCAGCACUGCUCCCGGCUGCCAGGGUGCCUGCUGCCCCUACCCCUGUUGCCUACUACCCAGGGCCAGCCACUCAACUCUACAUGAACUACACAGCUUACUACCCCAGCCCCCCAGUGUCCCCUACCACUGUGGGCUACCUCGCCACACCCUCUGCUGCCCUGGCCUCUGCUUCCACCUCAGUGUUGUCCCAGCCAGGAGCCCUGGUCCGUAUGCAGGGUGUCCCAUAUACAGCUGGUAUGAAGGAUUUACUCAGCGUCUUCCAGGCCUAUCAGUUAGCCCCUGAUGACCACACCAGUUUGAUGCCUGUUGGUGACCCGCCCCGAACUGUGCUACAGGCCCCCAAAGAGUGGGUGUGUUUGUAGGUGAGGGAGCCAGGAGGUAAGAGCUGGCUAACGUCUAUCAUGUCUCUCUUGGCAUCCGGAGAACCAGUACCCUCAACCAGGUGACUUCUUCCUGGGCUUGUCAAAGCUCUCAGCACCCAGAAUGAGCUCAAGCCCCAGCUCCAUCUCCCAGUUGUUGCUCUGCCUGUUCACCCCAAAGAUGACGGCUGGACCCUAUAUGCAGGGCUGGGGGUGGAAUGGUGUUACCCUGCUCCCAGUGGCCUGAUCUGGGCCUCCUCUAAGUAGCACCACGAGAUCCUUCGGUCUGUUGGGCCAUGGUCCGUACCCAGAUUCUGUGAGGCUGAUGUCCACAGCAGGCAUGCUUGCUUUUUAUAAAUGUAAGCCCUGGUGCCUUCAAUGUAUGACUCCUGGGAGCUUCUGAGUAAAGAUCCCAAUAUUCUGCUUUCCCUUUCCCUUUUGGUAGGGGGCAGGGAGGCAGAGAAUGCUGGCCCCAGCCCCUGGAAUACUUGACCCUUAGUGGCCACAUUGUGCCAUGGGUCCAAGGACGCUAGCUCUCCUCCAACUUGGCAUAAGGACUAUCAGGUGGUAAAAUCACAGACUUGUUUUGACCGACUGUACUGCAGUAUCCCCAGAGGACGCUAGGGGGCAGGAGGCCUUCACACAAAAACUCAGGCCUGAAUUUUAAAGGGGACUCUGCCUACUUUUCAUGCACACCUUGGGCAGGCCAGUUGUCCUGAACUCAGCAGACAUCGUGGAAUGUCCUUUGCACCCAUUAGAGGGUACAGAACUGAAGCUUCGGAAGGAAUUUGGAACUCUACUCAGUCCUCCGUAAGAUAAACAAAGGUUCCUAACCAAGUGGACUUUCUAAAAGCCAAAGUGCCUUUAGCUGCUUUGGACUCCCAAGUGUGGGGCUCCACACCUGCCCCAGGGAGAGGAAAACUCAGGUAGAUUUCAAGGACAAUGUUAACCUGUCCCCGUUUAUUAUUUCAGCCCUGUAACUGGGGAACCUGAAUUGCUGGCUCUUCCCUUUGUUAUUUGUGUAAGGAGCACUAUACUCCUAUAAACGGUUUUAAAGUACAAAAUGUGUAAGAAAACACAAUCCCAAGUGCUGUAAACAUAACAGAACCAAUUGCUUAAC